UUUAUGCGGUUUUUAAAUUCACAAUUAUUUUUUUUUUAUUUUAGUCAUUACAAUUUCUAUGUGAAAUGGCAACACUGAAAAAAUUACGCGCCGGCGCUAGAAAAACUAUUUUGAACUUAGAACUCUGUUUUUUAUAUAUAUUUGUGGGGAAAUACCGUUUUUAAUACGAAAAAUAUUAUACAUAUAUUUAAAGAAGUGAUAUUUUUAUAUAACUGAAAAUUAAUAAAACAAAUUGGAUUUUAUUUAUUAUUUGAGCAAUGUAAGUUUAUAAAAAAAAUACAAAGAGCGUUUUUAUGGUAAAAAUUGCAACCUUUUUUUAGAUAUUUAUAGUUAUGGAGAAAAAUAAAAAGAGGCAAACGAUCUCAUUAGAGAAAAAAAUCGAAAUUUUGGAUCGUUUAUCAAAAGGAGCGAAAUGCACUGCGCUGGGGAAGGAAUACAAAUUGGGGGAGUCAACAAUAAGAUCGAUUAAAAAAAAUGAAGAGAGCAUCAGAAAGUCGGUCAUUUGUGGAACAAAGUUAUCAUCCAAAAAUACAUUUUAUUCCAGAGAUACGACAAUUGAAAAAAUGGAAUCUUGCAUCGCCCUUUGGAUUGAUGAUUUAACAAGGAAAAGAGUACCAAUCAGUGGGUACAUGAUAAAAGAAAAGGCUUUAGUAUUUUAUGAAAAAAUAAAACUGACAGAGGCUUCUACUUCCAAAUUUGGUGCAAGCAAUGGUUGGCUGACACUAUUCUUAAAAAGAACAAAUCUACACAAUGUGCAGAUUAGAGGUGAAUCAGCAUCAGCCGAUGAGGAGGCCUGCGCAAAUUAUCCCGAGCAAUUUAAAAACAUUAUUGAAAGUGGAGGGUACAGUCCAGAGCAAGUUUUCAAUGCUGACGAGACAGGCCUUUUUUGGAAAAAAAUGCCAAGUAGGACGUAUAUUGCAAAAUUAGAAAAACAAGCAAGAGGUUUUAAAGCAAGUAAAGAAAGAUUAACCCUUUUACUAUGUAGCAACGCUUCGGGAGACAAAAUGUUAAAACCGCUAGCUAUAAAUAAAUUUUUAAAACCACGAGCUCUUAUUGGCAAAGAUUUAAAAUGUUUGCCUGUUCACUGGAUGGCAAACCAUAAGGCUUGGGUAACAUCCGCCAUAUUUUCUGAAUGGUUCUACAAAUGUUUUGUACCUGAAGUUGAAUCUUAUGCAAAAAAAAAGGACAUUGAAUUCAAAAUUUUGCUUCUUGUAGACAACGCACCUGGACAUCCUCAUUUGGAACAUCCGAACAUUCGAAUUGAAUUUUUGCCCCCCAAUACUACCAGCAUUCUUCAGCCUCAGGACCAGGGAAUUAUCUCUACAUUUAAAAAACAUUACAUUAAAAACACAUACAAAGUCAUUUUGAAUAAAAUUGAAAAGGAAGACUUAACUUUAAACGAAGCUUGGAAGAAAUUUUCUAUUUUUGAUUGUAUACUUCAGGUUGCUUCCGCCAUAUCAGAAAUAAAGCCGAAAACACUUAAUGCAUGCUGGAAAGCAGUAUGGCCAAAUUGCGUUGGAAACGGUCAUGAAAAUGAAAUAUCUGCUUUAACAAAUGAAAUUUUAAGCCUAGCUCAUCAAAUUGGAGGUGAAGGAUUUGAUUCACUUAACAAUCAGGACUUAGAAGAACUACUUGUAGAAGAACCAUUGUCUGAUGAAGACAUUAUUAAUUUAACAACCAAUAUUGAAGAAAAUCCGUGCGAAAAUAAUGUUGAGGAAACUGUAGAACCUCUUACUUCCCAAAAAAUUUUUCAAAUUCUUAACAAAGUGGCUAUUCUAGAAAACGAAAUUCUUAAUAUUGACCCCGAUACGGAGAGAGCAAUAAAGCUCCAACGCGGACUUGGCGAUCUUUUUUCAGGAUACCAAGAGUUGUAUAAACAACUAUUAAAAAAGAAAUCACAAACAUUAGUGACAAAAUAUUUCCAAAUUAAAGAAAAAAAUACAGCUCCUGAAAAUUCUUCGCCUGAACAUAUUGAACAUAUUUCUAUUGAUGGAGAUGAUGAUAUUCCAGAUGAUAAUAAUAUAUCAUUUACAUCUAGUGAUGCAAGCGUUUUAGAAUUUUUUAGCAAUUCUGAUUCUGAUUUAUAAAUCCUAGUUCAAUUGCUUUGUAAUAUAAUUUUUAUUUUUUAGAAAUGUAUAUAUUUUAAUCAUUAUUUGAAAUUCGUGUUAUUUAUUCAUUGUUUUCUUUCUUUUGCUUUAUUUUUUUAUUACUUUAGUGAAUUAAUAAAAUUUUUGUUGAUUUUUUA